AGAAAUCGAACAGGAAAAAUCAGGGUUACCGAUCUGGCUGAGUCGCGGACUAGGUCGCUCUCUUUAAGACGUUCGCGGCACUGCCUUCGUUGCGCACGGCAGACUAUCAGCCGGUCGCCUCCAGGAUAAAACAGCCACUCUAAUUUUUGUUGCUCAUCGGUUUUGUGCGAAAACCGGAGCUCUAUGAACUCACUCUCUAUCUCGUGUUUCUGCUCUCUGAGGUGUGUUUAGAGGGUCUAGGGGUCUGCUAUUUAUAGGAGCAGAAAACCUAGAAUAUUCCCUCUUUCUUUGGGAAUAAGCCACAUUUUAAUUAGGAAG